AUGAACAAAAUAAUCUUACUAACUUUGGUAGUCCUUUCUCUAUUGUUGGCGACUGAAGCCAGAUUCGAAGAACCUUUCUUUGGAUUCACUCAAAAUUAACCACUUGAAGAAGAAGAAUUUUAAUGCUUAAGAGAUACUACUUAUUAUUUUAUCCAAACUAUUACUGGUAAUGAUCCUCAAACUGUUUACUAAGCUAGAAUGGCUAGUUUUUCUGGCUUAGACACUCAACUUAUCUACAUCCCAUGCAUUAAUAAAGAUACUGAUAGCUAUCCAGAAAGCAGAGUUACUGAUUAAGUAAAGACAUUCUUGAAAACCGUUCAUUAAGUCUCAUGCUAAGUUAUUUGGAUUUAAAUUUCAGUUAAUGAUGACGAAAAAUGUAAAUGGACUGAUGAUAUCGAUUUCAAUUGCUAAAGAACUAAAGAGAUUGCUAACUAUUUAAAAGCUACUGCUAAUAAGAAUAUUGGUUUCUUUUCUUCCUAAGAAGACUGGAUUAAAAUUUUUGGAAGUAGCGAAGGUUGUUCUUCAGUAUCAGAUAAAAAAAAUUUCUACCCUCUCUACUAUAAGCAUUUAGACGGUUAACCUAAUACUCACGAUUACAAAGAUCACAAAUUUGGAAGUUUUGAAAAUCCAGCCAUGAAAAUGUAUUUAUCAACUGAAGAAUGCAAUAUUAAAUUCAAUGCUAAUGUUUACUAUCCAUAAUAUUUACAUAUAUAUGACUACUGA